ACAAAACACGGUUUGCUUCGAUGCGUGUACGCGAUACCGCCGGUUGUUAGUAGUGCGGUAUUUUUCCAGUCUUGACAUUCGCAUUAAAUCAAAUUUGGUUUUAAUAAUAAACUCACUCGCGUCUUUCAUCCUAACGCGUUGAAUCCUUUGGUUAGAUUCUAUAAUUUUAUUUAAAUCUAUGGUGAACGGACGGUACAAUAAAAAAUCUUUGGGAAAUAAUCUUUAAAGAAAUAUCUGAAGUAUUACUUGUAUUAUCAUAGACAACUAGUAAAAAAAUUACUCAAAAUGAUGACAAUGAAUAGUCACGAAAACGGAAUCGACUACAGUAAUGGGUAUAUGGAACCGGAAGAAGAAUGGGAACGGGAAGGUCUCUUAGACCCGGCAUGGGAGAAACAGCAAAAGAAAACUUUUACGGCUUGGUGCAAUUCACACUUAAGAAAAGCUGGCACAGCAAUAGAAAACAUCGAAGAAGAUUUCCGUAAUGGAUUAAAACUCAUGUUACUAUUAGAAGUUAUAUCUGGUGAAACGUUACCAAAACCAGAUAGAGGCAAAAUGCGCUUUCACAAAAUUGCCAAUGUAAAUAAAGCUUUGGACUUCAUUGCCAGUAAAGGAGUAAAAUUGGUGUCCAUCGGCGCUGAAGAAAUUGUUGAUGGCAAUUUAAAGAUGACUUUGGGAAUGAUCUGGACAAUCAUUCUGAGAUUCGCUAUACAAGAUAUUUCUGUUGAAGAAAUGACAGCCAAAGAAGGUCUGUUAUUGUGGUGCCAGCGCAAGACUGCUCCAUAUAAGAAUGUUAAUGUACAAAACUUCCAUCUCAGUUUUAAAGAUGGUCUGGCAUUCUGUGCUUUAAUUCAUCGUCAUCGUCCAGAUCUUAUUGAUUACAACAAAUUAUCUAAAGACAAUCCACUACAAAACUUGAACACUGCAUUUGACGUUGCUGAAAAAUACUUAGACAUACCUCGCAUGUUAGACCCAGAAGACAUGAUUGACACACCAAAGCCGGAUGAACGCGCGGUCAUGACAUAUGUGUCAUGUUAUUACCACGCCUUCCAAGGUGCACAUCAGGUAAACUCAAAUACUGCAAUGCCAGAUGAAAGAGCUAUAAUGACUUACGUUUCUUCAUAUUACCAUUGUUUCUCUGGAGCUCAGAAGGCUGAGACUGCUGCCAACCGUAUUUGUAAAGUAUUGAAAGUUAACCAAGAAAAUGAACGUUUAAUGGAAGAAUAUGAACGCUUAGCAAGUGAUCUUUUGGAAUGGAUUCGCCGUACAUUACCAUGGUUACAAAGCAGACAGACUGAUAACUCUUUAUCUGGUGUUCAGAAAAGAUUGGAAGAGUAUCGUACCUAUAGGCGCAAACAUAAACCCCCACGUGUUGAACAAAAAGCCAAACUAGAAACUAAUUUCAACACUUUACAAACCAAGUUACGAUUAUCAAACAGACCUGCUUACAUGCCUACCGAGGGCAAAAUGGUUUCAGACAUUGCUAAUGCCUGGAAAGGUUUGGAACAGUCAGAAAAGUCAUUUGAGGAUUGGCUUUUAUCAGAAAUGAUGAGAUUAGAACGACUUGAACACUUGGCUCAAAAAUUCAAGGCAAAAGCAGAUACUCAUGAGGAUUGGACUUAUGGUAAAGAGGAAAUGCUUCAAAGUUCUGACUUCAGGCAAUGCAAGUUGAAUGAUUUAAAAGCUUUAAAAAAGAAACAUGAAGCUUUUGAAAGUGAUUUAGCUGCUCAUCAGGAUCGCGUAGAACAAAUUGCAGCUAUUGCACAUGAAUUAAACACUCUUGAAUACCACGACAGUACCAGCGUAAAUAUACGCUGUCAACGUAUAUGUGAUCAAUGGGAUCGUUUGGGUAGUUUAACUCAAAAACGUAGGUCUGAUUUGGAUGAUGCUGAAAAAAUACUUGAAAAAAUUGACAUUCUUCAUUUGGAAUUUGCUAAGAGAGCAGCUCCAUUCAAUAAUUGGUUAGAUGGUACUCGUGAAGAUUUAGUUGAUAUGUUUAUUGUUCAUACUGUUGAAGAGAUUCAAGGGUUAAUUGAUGCUCAUGGACAAUUUAAAGCUACUUUGUCAGAUGCUGACAAAGAGUACAAUUCCAUUAUAAGUUUAGUAAAGGAUGUUGAAUCAACCGUUCAAAAAUAUCAGAUUCCUGGAGGAUUACAAAAUCCUUACACCACAUUAACUGCUACUGAUUUAAACAAAAAGUGGUCAGAUGUUAAACAUUUAGUUCCCCAGAGAGAUACAACUCUCCAAGCUGAACUUAGGAAACAACAAAACAAUGAAAUGUUGCGUCGUCAAUUCGCAGAAAAGGCAAAUCAAGUAGGACCUUGGAUUGAACGGCAAAUGGAUGCAGUUACUGCUAUUGGAAUGGGUCUUCAAGGAUCUCUAGAAGAUCAAUUACAUCAACUCAAGCAAUAUGAAAAUAAUGUAUUUGGUUAUAAACCUCAUAUUGAAGACUUAGAAAAAAUCCAUCAAUCUGUACAAGAAGGAAUGAUCUUUGAGAAUAGAUAUACUCAAUACACUAUGGAAACUCUGCGUGUUGGUUGGGAACAAUUACUAACAUCUAUCAAUCGCAAUGUGAAUGAAGUUGAAAAUCAAAUAUUGACCAGAGACUCUAAAGGUAUUACCCAAGAACAAUUGAAUGAGUUUAGAGCUAGUUUCAACCACUUUGAUAAAAACCGUACUGGUAGACUAUCUCCUGAGGAGUUCAAAUCUUGUUUGGUAUCAAUUGGCUACAGCAUUGGAAAAGAUAGACAAGGUGAAAUUGACUUCCAAAGAAUAUUAGCUGUUGUUGAUCCAAAUAGUACAGGUUAUGUACACUUUGAUGCUUUCUUAGACUUCAUGACUAGAGAAUCUACUGAUACAGAUACUGCUGAACAAGUUAUUGACUCCUUCCGUAUUCUUGCUGGAGAUAAGCCUUAUAUCCUGGCUGAUGAAUUGAGACGAGAAUUACCACCUGAUCAAGCAGAGUAUUGCAUACAACGCAUGGCACCAUACAAAGGAGUGAAUGCUAUACCUGGUGCAUUAGAUUAUAUGUCAUUUUCGACUGCAUUAUAUGGGGAAUCAGAUCUGUAAACAAUUAUCUUAAAAUACUUCUUAAGAAAUAAGGAUGAUAACAAAAUGAGUAUUUUUAAAUAAAAGAAGAAAAAAAUUUAAUUAAUUCUUUUAUCAAAUCAUCUACUAGUCACAUACUGUUCCCAUGUCCGUCCGUAUGUUUUAAUUAAAUGAAAAAAUAUUUAAUUGUUUGCUCUAUUUCUUUCUGUAUUAACUUUAAAAAUAUAUAUUUUUUUAUUUUAUAGUAUAGAUUUAAUUUAUCAUUGGCUUUUUGUAGAUAAAUUUUCAGCCUUCACUUAAUUAUUGCAAUUUUUUUCUAAUAAAUUUAGAAAAAAUACAUUAUUUGUUUCACUUGUUUACUAUUGCCUUUAGAACAAUUCAACCAUUUAACUUAUUAUUUAAAGAAGUAUUGAAUGACCUUAAGGCUUAAACUUUAAUUUGUAAAUUGAUAAAUGUUUUAUUCAGUUUUAUGCUCAGAAAUAACUGUAAUUUGAAAGUAAUGUUUUGUAAAUUGUUAAAUUUAUUUAGACAUUUUCAUAAAUCAUUGUCUUGCUCAACGUACAUUUUACAUCUGUAUGAAGUAUUAAAUUUUAUAUCUAUACUUACGCCUAUUUUAAUAUAAAAAAAUAUUUUAAAAAUAUCAGUUGUACAUGAAUUAUGAAGUAAUGUAGAAUAUAAAUUUUUUGAUUUAUUGAUAUCCUUGAUCACACAUAUAAUUUUUUUUUCAGUUGCUAAACAGUUGCUUUCAUCUAAUUUAUUCUUAUUGUAUAGUAUGUAUUUUAUUUCUAGUUAUUAUUAUUACUAUUAAAUUAUUAUAGUCUUAUGUAUAGAGAAUCAUUGUUUUUUUCUAUUUAAUAAAAUUAAAAAAAAAAAAAAAUGAUUCUCAUGACAUG